UUGCAUGUUUAUACGGAUGAUAUCUGGCCGUCCGCGGAUUUCAGUUUUACGAUUCUGUACUUCUAUGUUCCUAAUACGGAUGUGUCGUGUUGAGAAAAAUGGGGUUUCAAAAUUUUCUUUUGAUGGGUUUUUUUUCGAAAAUAGAUCGGCUUUCUUGUCUAUUCGCCUUUCCAUGAUUCCUGCCGAAACUCUUGUAUCAAUUUACAUACGAGUUCUUUUAUCAAUAUACGAUUCUAUGUUGAUAAAUUUUAUUUGCUUUUACAUAUUCCUCUUUCCUUACCAUUAUUUGCCUUUGGACAUUAUGAAAGGAGAUAGAAAGGAGAAGUUUUGUCUCCAAAUUUUCGGAAUUUGUCUCCAGCGGUCAUCGGCUCUAGUAAAACAAAACUCUAGUAAAACAAACGCAACUCUAGUAAAACAAAUUUUUUUAAAAAGUUUUCUCUAUUCUUUUAUUUUCUUUUCUUUCUAUGUAGCACAAUUUGUAUUUAGUUUUUAUUUCUAUGAAUUUUUAAUCGAUCCUUAUUUAAACAUUAUUCUCUGA